AAUUCUGCUGCUAUUGCAUUGUUUUCCUUCGGUGUCAAAAAUUUUCGUUUGCGCUGCUCAGUAUUUUACAUCGAAUUUAAUUGCAGCUAUUUGAGUCCAUCAGAAUUAAAAGUGUGUAAAACCCCUGACAAGCUCAGGAAAUUACCUACAAAAAUAAAAACAAAAAUAUUAGUAAUAGUUCUUGCAAUACAUUGGCCUGCUAGUGAAUUGUCAAAAAACGACAUAACUUAUUGUCACCGCUGUCUAAUAGGAAUCGACUACAUACAAGAAUGGCCUCUACAAUGCAGCUAGAGUUUUCGCAGGCCAUGUCUGAUUUUAAGACGAUGUUUCCAGACAUGGAUCGCGAAGUAAUUGAAGCGGUUUUGCGCGCAAAUCAAGGGGCUGUAGAUGCCACAAUUGAUCAGCUAUUAGCUAUGUCGACGGAUAAUCAAAAUGAAAAGCUGCGUAAUGAAUUGGACGCAAAAACAUCACCACAACGGAGUCUUAUAAAUCUUCAUGGCAUAGAUAAUCAGCCUCCAACAGCACAAUUAAUUGAUACAUCUGACGGAUGUUCUACAAUUGCACCAAGUAGUCAACAAAAUGCAGCAGCUGCUGCUAAUGCUGUGUUAUUGAAUCUCAGCAGCAAUAAUGGUGUAAGCUCAUCACCUAAUCAUAAUACUGGUGCAUCGCCCAAACAGCGACUGGUAAGUGCCAACAACAAAUCAUCUGCAAAUGUCACACCAAAACGUAGUGGUGGUCAUCAUGGUACGCGACGUUGGAAUCCACCUAUGCUCGGCCCACUACCGGCAGGCUUUCUAAGGAUCACACCAAGUGCACAGGAUGGAAUAGUGCGUGAUUUUGACUUGCCAGACGAACAAUUCGCAAUGAUGUUACAAAAUGAGGAAUUUAUGAAUCAGUUACGAUGGAAUCAGGAAUUUAUGAAUGCGUUGGAAAAAGAGCAAUGUGGCAAAGGCAAAGGUGAAGAUGACGCUGCAUUCAAAGAAAGAUUGAAGCAUAUGGGAAAGGUGUCCCGAAAAAAGUUUUUACAAAUGGCACGUGUGUUUACAUGGCAGCGUAACAAAAAAACAACAACAGCCAAACAAAUAGAUUCACUACCUCUGAAGGAGGAGCCCAGCGACGACGAGGAUCACCAUCAUGUGCAACCUUUACAUGCGAUUGCAAUUAUCUAACGUGAUGCUCAUAAGCUUUCCAUGCCGAUAAUGUAUAUAUAUACAUAUGUAUUUAUAUAUAUCUGUGGUUGUAAAAGACGAACGACAAAUUCCAAAUGUACACAAAGCGUUAAAAUUGUAGAUUUUAUCUUAAGUAAACUAAGUUAUCAAAAAAUGCUUUAAAUAUUUUGUUCUCGAAUGAAUUGCGAACAAUAAUGGUGUGAUCGCAUAGGAACAAAGAGAUGCGUAAUGUAUAUUAGAAGUGCAAUAAAGAGUGCAACUAUAAUUGAAAUAUAUAAACACGACCAAUUGUUAUAGGUUUUAGAUUUGCGAAGGCUGAUUGUUGUUGUUAUUUCACUGAAAAGUCGUAUUAAAAUUUGUACAUAAGUGCAUAUAUUGUAUGUAAUUUUUUUCCAAAAUUCUUAUUAAAAUUUGUUAUAGAAAUGUUCUGUUUUUGUUUUUUUUUCUUUCUGCAAAUGCCGUUAUGCAAUAAAAUUGUUAUAGAUUUUUUAUUCUUUAUCUAUUAAAUAUGCUUUAAGUGCACUACACUAUAUAUUUUAUAAUGGUUAAUAUAAUUUUCCUUUUGAUGUGGAAUGUGGAGAUGCAGGCACACGUUUGCUUCCUAUAGUUCAAUAUGAAUCUCAUAACAACGCUAGAGUUAUAUUUGAAAAAAAAAUAUUCAGCUUGAUGCUGCGUUUGCGCCUAUUUGUUACUUUGUAAAGAAGAAUGUUGGAUCGGACUGAAAAUAUACAUCAUAAACACCUACACACUAAAGAAAAUAAAAAUCUUAUGUAUAUACUUA